AUGUCAAUGAACGACAGAUUCCUUGUGGAGCGCAUGUUCAAGGAGCACUACGUCUCUGUGAUCUGCACCACUACCACACUAGCACUCGGGGUGAACCUUCCUGCUCACCUCGUUAUCAUCAAAGGCACGACCUUCUUCAAAAGCGGUCGGCGAGAGGAUCUGCCCUUGUCGGAGGUGGCACAGAUGAGUGGCCGGGCAGGCCGUCCCGGUCUUGAUACACAUGGUGUUGCCCUAGUGCUUACGACAGAGGACAAGGCAGCGCUCUAUGAACCCCUGCGGCAUGGCGACUCGUGCACAACAGUUGAGAGUCGAUUGCACCAAAAAAUGGUUGAACAUGUAAACGCAGAAGUGGCUCUUCGCACUAUUCACAGCUUUGCGCUUGGCGUGGAGUGGAUCAAGACCACGUUCCUGUGGAUUCGUUUGCGGCGUUGCCCUCGACACUAUGGUAUUCUCUUUUCCACUAAAGAGGAGGAAUCCGACUUUGACCGCGAAGAGUUCGCAGCUCAUCUCAUGCGCCGUAUGCUUGUGGAGCUGGAGAAACAGGGGUGCAUUACAAUUCACCAGGAUGGUGCCCACGUGGGGGAUGGACGAGACCUGGAUAGCGGAGCUGCUGUCGACAUGAAGAAGGGAAACUAUGUCGUUGAGAGCACGCGUGUGGGACGUGCCAUGGCGAGACGUUAUGUUCUCCUCAAGACGGUCGAGUUGUUCAAUGCUGAGACUGCACGUGUGCGCUCCCAAAAGGAUAUUGUAGCAGUAACGGCGCAAGAAGGAGCUGCGGUGCCCCCAAAAGAAGGUAAAACACUGGAAGAAAUGGCAGGUUCCGCCAACCCCUUCACACUGCAGCAGCUCCUUUGUAUACUGAGCCGCUCCACGGAGUUUGAGGAUCUGCACCUCCGCCUAGGCGAUCGGAAGCAUCUCAAUGAGAUCAACAAAAUUGUUCGAUUACCGCUCAAGUCAGGAAUGCGUGGAGGUAGGGAAGUGCGCGAGGACUGGCACAAGGUAUAUGUGCUCAUCCAAGCUCACCUUGAGCACACACAGAUAAACGAUUUCUCGUUGCGGAAUGAUUCCGUGAGGCUCUGGUCCACAGUGCCGCGUCUGGCCCGCUUCCUUGUGGACUACGCUGGGUCGCUAGACUCAUAUUCGUUUAUGAAGGAGAGUUCCCUCUUACAGCGUUGCAUAGAGCAGCGGAUGUGGUGGGACGGCCCAGUGCUGAAGCAGCUAGAUGGUGUUGGAGAAAACGCUGCCAAGGCACUUAUGCGAUGCGGUAUCAGAAGUCUUGCCGAUGUUGCAAAGACUGAUCCACGCAAGUUGGAGUCGCUCUGCAGUAGGAACCCACCUUUCGGCAACGACCUCCAGGACAGAUGCCUCGCAUUACCGCAGUGGGCACUACGUCUCGAACGGUGUGAAAGUUCAGAAAUGUUGCGGGCCGUCGUCACUCAAACGACUGGAAUGGACAAGUUGCGAGCGUCCCAAACAAAGUACAACAUGGUGCUGGUAGUGGGUAACACCGCGACAGAUAGUAUUCUCUUGUUUCGUCAAUUUGGUUCACUGGAGGCUAAAGAAAAGCCACUUGUCUUCACGUUUCAAAUUUCACGCACCCGACGUUGUCGUGUUGUGGGAUGCGUCUUCACAGAACACCAACUGCUUGGUACUGAUGCCAACGCCACACUUGCAGUGGGCGAAGAUGGUGAGAAAGCAGAGGAUGAUGUCAAUUUCACACUUGCAGUGGACGAAGAUAGGGAGAAAACAGAGGAAGCUGCCCAUAUGAGAGUGGAACCGUUAAAAAAGGAGCGGAAGAGUGUUGGGCCUAAUACUUCAACAAGCGCAUUUGACGCGCUUACCCGUGACCUUCGAUGGGUUGCUGGAACUUCACUUAGGCGUGCAGCGGACGCACCAAACUCCCUGCUUCUGAAGAAUCAUGGCCAUUUUCAAAGGGAAACCCAACCAACUGUAGAUGUGCUUGGCGACGAGUUCACGACGGAUAAUUUGGAGCAUGAAAGGUCUUCGUCGAAGGAAGCAGGGGCCAUGGUGGGUGGCAGUAGCCCUGACGCAGCCACCUUGGUGCACAGCUGUGGUGUAGACAACACCAUGACGCAGAUGGAUGAGGACUACAUGCAGUUAGUGAAUCGAACAGCCGAUAUUGCCUCUAGUUUACGUUUGGGCAGAAACUCACCUGCAUACUCUUGCAAAAGGUCUCGGGAGAACGUCAGCAACGACUCUAGUGCGUCGCGUUUACGGCUUAUGAGCGAAUACGCUAAUCGUCAGGAGGGAUUCGCUCCCGCUUCAAAUACUGGGAAGACAGUUAUGCUCCGAAAGGCUGUUUCGCCCGACCCUCCGGUGGCUCCACGAUCCACAGCCACCACUGCAGCAGCUGCUGCUGCCGCCAUCACCACCAACCACCCAUGUCCAUCUACGCGCUUUCGCUUCAGCGUGCGAGGCGCCGCAUUUCAACCGGUUCAACAUGAUCAGAUUCAGCGGAAUCCGCUGCCACCGCCGCUGCAGCAGAAGCCUCCCAUAGAAGCCAUGAACGACCACCAGUUCUCCGCUGUUGGCGGCAAUGCCGCAUUCUUGGUGCCGCGUGGUGCAUUUCCAGGGACGUGCUUUCAGCCGCCGUGGCGUGUCACAUUGCCUUACGACUUCCCCCUGCCGACAUGUACAUAUGACAUUUCGAGUCGGGUUUGCGCACAACCCCCACAGCUGCCUACAAAUUUCGGAAUUCCUGUUCCGCAUCAUGGAGGUGCGAUGGAGGUGCAUCCAGCGUGGCAUCGCGGCGCCUUUACCGCUGCCCAGAGUUCAGGGCUUCGGGCAUGGUGUCCGCCUUCGGCUGCAACCGAGCCGGGUACGCACUGGGCUCCCGCACCAGUGAGGCAUGGCUACGUAGCGUUAAAUGAGAGUCGAGCCCCCAGUACUGCCGAGCAGUUUCACGGCACGUAUCCAACAGCACCGACAGUAAGUGACCACUACGCCGUGUCCAAUAGUCGUUCUGCGGGAGUUGUGCCACGCGCAACCACUGUACGAAAAGGAUGGUGGUAG